ACAUGGUUGCAGAGACGAUAAUGAUACAUCGGUAUAUGUAUAUAUAGGGCGUGUGCGUUCGUUAUCGGAGACUUCUUAUCAUUCGGUUCGUGUGAAGAGGCACACCUAGUUCCUCUUUUGCUGUCCAUGUUGAGAAACCGUUCAAUCGCUCCAGUUCGUAUCAAACGCUCACUGGAUAUCGUGUCCAGAUCAGCAAUGAGGAAUCUCGUCUGGAUAAUUCUGUUCGUUGCGGCUGCACGCGCAGAAUACAAAUUCUGCGCACCCUACGAAGUAGUAGACGAAUCUUCAUGUUACGCAGUGCAACGUGGUGAUAACAGCGAAGUGUCAUGUUUUCGAGUGGCGGAUAGUGCUGAGUGCGCUAUUCGCUUAGCUCAAGGCGAGGCCGACUUUGGUGUCUUUAAUGCGGAAGAAUUAUUAUUAACGUACCAAUUUUAUCAAUCUGAAAUGCAACCCAUUCUUCAAUUGAGACAUAAAGAUAGGCAGCAAGAUGAAUCUGAAUUUCAAACGGUGGCAGUGAUUCCCACAAGUUUGGACCUUAAAGCCGUAUCUCCUGAGGAGCGUAUCAAAAAUUUGAAAAAUGGCGGCUUUUGCCACCCUGGUUUUAGCAAAUCUCAAUGGUGGAAUGAUUAUAUUCUCAAGCGUUUCGAAAAUACAGUGAAUCCCCCGCAGUGCCGCGAUGAUGUGACCGUUAUCGAGAAUGAGAUCAGAAAUCUUAGGAAUUUCUUUGGUAAAGCUUGUAGACCAGGCGAAUGGACUGCUGAUGUCGCCCUCGAUAAAGAAUUAAAGAGGAAAUAUUCGGAAUUGUGUGCUCUUUGUGACGACAGAGAGAAUUGCAAAUACAAUGAUGAUAUGCAGCAUCAUGGACAUGUCGGAGCUUUGCAAUGUUUAACUCGUGGCAAUGGUAAAGUGGCUUAUGUAGCGCUUAAAUACGUUCAAGAUAUCCUUAAAAGAAACGAGUCGUAUCAGUUUUUAUGUCCGGGUGGCAGCGUUCUCCCUUUAUCCACUCCAAAUCCUUGCACGUGGCUCAAACAACCGUGGAGCGUCGUCGUAGCUAGAAAUGAAGUCGCAGAUUCUCUUAAAAAAGAAUUGCUAUCGUGGCUGAGAUCUCCAGGGAAAGAAGACUGGAAAAAUGCUUUAAGCGCAAUUAUACAAGUGGACAGCAGAGCUUACGAAAUGGACAAAACGACUAUAGGUACGUACUUGAGUACCAACGGAAGAAUAACCGAAAUCGAUAGUAUUGAAACCUGCGGCAAGCACAUUCGUUGGUGCACGAUUGGCGAUCUGGAGACCAACAAGUGCAAGUGGGUGGCGAAAGCAGCGAAGGCUCUUGGCGUGGCACCGAGUAUUUCUUGUGUCAAUUCAACCUCCACAUUCCAAUGUUUCCGCGAGAUAGAAGAAAAUCGUGCAGACAUAAUAACUAUUGACUCCAACUACGGUUACAUAGCGCGAACGUUUCAUGGCCUGUCUACGAUGCUAUACAGCGAAACCGAACUGGAUAAGAAUAGCGUGAUAGUCGCGGUGAUGCGCGAGCCUGCAGACGAAAAUUACCCGGUAAAGAGCUUUUUCGAUUUGAAGAACAAAAGGGCGUGUUUCCCUGAGUACAGCGGAAUUGCUUGGUUGAGUUUCGUUAUGGCCGCCAGAACAAACGGUGUCAUCUCAUCUAAGAAAUGCGACUAUCCGUCGAUAGUGUCCAGACUGUUAUCUGGAGCUUGUACCCCCGGAAUAGAAGAUUCUGACCACUCACCCACCGGCAUGCCCUCGGACAUAUCGUCGACACUCUGCUCGGCUUGUGGAAAUCAAAUUGGUUUUGCCCCCUUCUGCGCAGGGGACAAAACCAAUCGCUAUUAUGGUGACAGAGGAGCCAUACGAUGCAUCAAAGAGGAAGCCGGCGACAUAGCGUUUAUCGAGAUAGGAAAUGUUCACAAUGACAAGCACUUCGAGCCGAGUGAGUACCGUGUUUUGUGCAAAAAUGGAAGUUUGGCCCAACAUGUAGGAAUUGAAGUCGAUGAGUUCUGCGCACUGUCAGUGACAAUCGACAGCGAGGUCGUUGGUCGUAAGCAAGAUGUCUCGCUAAUCUCUAGGACGGAUACCAUUCUGGCUCUAAAAAAGAUGGAAGAUUGGCUGGGAUAUCGCGUAAAUGCUCGAAGACCAAUUCACAUUUACGGACCAUUCAAUGGCACGUUAGAUCUUCUUUUCAAAGAUUCCUCGUCGGGUUUGCUUCCUACGUCGACGACGAAGAAAUCUGUGCUUGCCUAUAAAGAACUUUUCAGCCACGUCGAAAAGUGUAAUAACAAUGGUUCUUUCGUGGCCGUUAAUUUCGUUUUUGUAGCCCUAGUCGCACUUUAUCACCUUCUUUCCAGUCACGUACACUAAUUUUCUCUGCAUCGUUAAUUCCGAUAUUUACAAUAUUUACGUAAUACGCAAUUGCCAUACGUUAUACUUUUAAAUGUGCUAAGCAUUGACCAACUUUUGUACUUUUUUCAAAGAAUAAAAACAUCAUCACCAUA